UAUUUCUCCGUUACAUUCUUCAAAUUGUCACAUACAAUUUGACGAUUUAACAUAUAACUCUGUCACAAAAAAUAACAAAGAAAUCGCAGGUUACUUACGCAUACAUCACUACAUUUUGCUAGCUCAAGCAAAGAACGCAGUGCAUUUCGAAGGUAAAAAUAUGAAGAAACGACGGCCUCGUGCAAAAAGAUCUCUGCAAAACUAUCCUCAUUUGCAUGAACGUUUUCCGACCAAAGCAAAGAGCAUUCACGAUUCAAAAGGACGAAGUUUUAAACAAAGUUAUUCUAAACUUCAGCAAAAUGAUAAAUAUUGUGAUAGUACGUCGUGUCUAACAAAGGACGCGUUUGGCUCAUUGGAAUCUCUUUUCGACUUGAGGAAACCAUUAAAUUUGAGAGAUGUAUUUCCUUUAGCAUUCCAUUAUUAUCAUAAGCAAAAAUUAAUCGAAACAUCUAGUGCCACAAAAUCAGAACCAUUCGUAAAAGCAUUAUUUCUGCAAUCCUUUUCAUCACAGACAAAUCUCGAGCCGGUUACUUUCAAAGCGUACGGAAGACAUGACAAAGUAAAAGUUGAACAAAAUACAAAUAAUCAAACAAAGAAAAAUAAAGAAAACAAAUUUCUGUUUGAAGUCUCGAAAUCCGUGGGAUUGCAAUUAAACGAUUCGAUUCACUAUCAACAAAAUCACCUAGUAAAUAUGGCUGAAGACAAGGUACCGGACAACGAAGUACAAGAAGAAGAAGAAAAGGAACCAGCUAUCGUAGACGAAGGAUCUGCUGCAGCGAUAGAAGAUCUUAAGGAAGAUCAAAUCGAAACAAAAAAAAAGACUAAUGAUGAUAAGCAAGAAGAUAAAGCUGACGAUAAAGAUAAGAAUGAAACUAUAGGAGAUAGAACUGAUGACAAAGACAAAGUUGAAAAAAGUAAUACUGAAAACAAAAACGAAAAUGAAGAAACUAAAACUGAUAAUAGAAAUAAAAAUGAAGAAAUUAAAAUUAAUGAAAUCAAAGAUAAAGAAGAUAAAGCUGAUAACAAAAUGGAAGACAAUGAUGAAGAGACAAAACCUGAGGAACUUGUAAAGCCUGUUAAAACUGAUGAUAUAAUCAUAGAAGUAAAAGUAAUGAAUGAGAGAUUCAUCCUGCUAACAGAUGAAGUCAAACAAUUUAAGCGUGAAAUUUUUGAAUUGUCAGAGAAACCCGAGUUAACAGAAGAAGAUAAGCAAGCUUUUCAAGAAAAACAAGACAUUCUCACGUCAAAAGUAGCGGAACUGGAGCAAUUAACGCAAAAAAUUCAAAAAGCGCGAGAGGAAGUAGAACGACUUCGUAAAGUGGAAAAAGAAACUGAGAUACAAAAAAGAGACAUACCGCAAAUACAAUAUCCUGAAGAUAAGCUUCCGAGAGUAAUUGUUUGCGGUUACACGGACGUGCUUCCAAAACUCGUAGUAGCGGAUACCGAACGGAAGGGAAGGGAAAAGUGUUUCGAAAAGUUAACCGGCAAACUAACCGAAUCUUUAACGAUGCAGGAGAAAUUGGUCAAAGAAAACGCGCAACUGGAAGGUGGAAAGUACAAACUAGAAGAAGCCUUGCUAGAAAAAGAUACAGCUCUCGAAAGUUUGCAGAAGAAGGUAUGCGGUCUGCAAGCAGAAAUGCGUAUAAUUGUCAAAGAAAAUAUGGAGUUGAGUCACCAAUUGGCUACUUUAAAUCAACUAGUGAUUAGACCUACUUGCUGUUACACCUGCCCAGGUGUUGCUCAGUCUCCCCCGUCAACGUCACCGACGUUAUCUUCACGUCCGCAUGUCAGCGCGCAACCUCGAGACGACGUUUACUGCAAAUGCUGUUUGCGAUCACCAUACACUGACACUUUAUCACCAACUACAGAAACUGCAUGCAAUUCACCAAGGCUUACAGGAGGUGGAUCACCAACAGAGGAACGUUAUUUCGUAGAUAGCAACGAUUUGCAAAACGUAGAGAUGUGUUCCCGAAAUCCAGCCGUUGUUAAGCCAUUGCUUCCUCGAGGAACAUGUCCUGCAGAAUUGGAAGAUAAACUUGCAACAUAUGGCAAUAGUACUAAACAAUUAGAACAACAGUUAGGCAGUAUGGAGACUGAAGUACGUAACAUGCAGAUGGAAUUAGCAAAUGUGCAACGGGAGCGACAACAAUUGGAACAGCAACGUAAACUGCUCAAAUGCACAGGACCUUGUGCAACGUGCGCUUGUUGUCCACCUCCGACUUCGACUUGUGUGACACCCACGUCAGGACUUCCGUUAAUGGGGAUUUCAAAGGUACCUGCAAUGCCUCUCAUCCAGACGACUACACAGGCUGCACCUCUAAUGUGCACUGGUUCUUGUACAAACGCAGCCAUGGGCACUAGUAUUAGCGUUCAACAGCAAUUGCGCGAUCUUCGUGAACAAUACGCCCGGCUUCAAGAUGAUUAUAAAAGUAAGUUGUAUGAGGUAUCAUAUAUGAGAACAGAAGCGGAGAAAUUCAAGCAAGAUUUGCGCGAUGCAAAGGAAGAGAAGGAACGAAUGGAGAUAAAACUCAUAGAUGUUCAAGAACGGUUAAAAAUUCUAGAAGCAGAAAAGGGAAAAUUUGAAGGUCAUAAGGAACAUCUCAUCGAACAGGAACAAGCUCUGAUGGUGGCAAAGCAACGUUUUCGAGAAGCGCAGGAUGAGUUAGAGGAGCUUCGUUCUUUGAUUCAAGAUCAAGCUGCUCAAUUGGAAGAUUAUCGCAAUAAAUAUUUGCAAGCUCAGCAACAAGUUGAAGAACAGCGCAGACAGCUAGAUCUUAUGGAAAUGGAUAAUGCACGAAUGAAUGAGAAUGUUACUUUAGAAAUCGGACGUGUUAAAAAUCAAUUUCAAGAGAAAUUAGCCGAACUUGCACCGUUACCCGAUAUCUUGAAACAAAUGCAAAUGAAGAUGCAGGAAGCACAACAGAUGCGCUUAGUCGCUGAACGUAGCUGCGAGGAUCUGUCGCGAGAAUUGCUAGGGUACAAAGAUAAGAUUCAAACUUUGCAAAAUCAAUUUGACGUAUUGCGCACCGAGCAUCAAACGCUUCAGGAUGAAAGAGAACUUAGCUCCGAAGAGAUGGAAAAAAAGUAUGGCGAGUUGCGACACGAAAAUGAAAGAAUGAAAAACACAUUGGCACGAUUUGAGGAACAUGAAGCGCAGUUACAAAAACGUAUUGACGAGAAAAUGCACGAGAACACACAAUUGUCAUCAAUGUUGGAACAGAUAAGGGAAGAUUCCGCUCGACAAGUAGCGAGAACAAAAGAGAGAUGCGAAACAAUGCGAAGAUCGAUGCAAGGCCAGAUUGCCGAAAUGGAAAGGCAAUUGGCACAGUGUAGAGCAACAGCAUGUGCCGCCCAACGAGACAGAGAUGAGAUUAGACAAAAGAUGCAGAGUCAAAUAACUAACUUAAACGAGGCAUUUAAACACGCGCAAGGCCGUAUAAAAUCGUUACAAGGUCACGUAAACUAUCUCAAGACUUCUUAUAGCAAUAUCUUUCUCGGACAAGGAGAAGCACCGACAAGCGCUUUACCAAUAGAUGAUUCUUGCGAUUGCAACUAUUAAAUGCACAUGAUGUUUCAAUAAUAAUGGUAUAUAUUUUUGUUUGAUAUAUAUAACGAAAUUAAAAUAUAUUACUCGACGUCAUACACAAGCCUUGUUAUGCAUUUAUACUUUUAAGUAAUGACAU